AUGGGUAACACAUCCUCCAUGCUCACUCAGUACGACAUUGAAGAAGUCCAGCAACACUGCAAUCACGCAUUUACGCAGCAAGAGAUCGUUUCUCUAUACGAGCGUUUUUGUCAACUCGAUCGCAACAAUUGCGGUUUCAUUCCUUCCGAUGAAUUUCUCUCCAUUCCCGAAUUCGCCGUCAAUCCUCUCUCUCAGAGUUUGUUGAGAAUGCUGGAUGGAUUCAACUUCAAGGAGUUUAUAGCUUUUUUGUCUGCGUUCAGUCCACGCGCCACUCUCCAAAACAAAAUUGAAUUUAUUUUCAAGGUUUAUGAUACUGAUUGCAAUGGAAAAGUUAGCUUUGAUGAUAUAUUGACAGUUUUGAGGGAUUUGACUGGACAAUAUAUGUCUGAAGAUCAGAGAAAGGAAGUUCUGGCACAGGUCCUUGAGGAAGCUGGCUAUGCAAAGGAUUCAUUUUUAGUCUUGUCUGACUUCAUGAAGAUUCUUGGCAAUUCGGAUUUGAAGAUGGAAGCUGAGGUUCCCGUGGAUUAG